UAGCGCUCAGCUGCUGGAGAGGUGAGCACCACUCCGGCGGCCUCUCCUCCACUUCAUCGCGGCUGCAGCCUCGGCUCCGAGACAGAGAGACAGAGAGAGACCCACUGUCUCUGAACACGACCCAGUCCUUCACACGUCGGCCUGCCCCCUCUCCGCUGCGUUUUUCUUCACGCACACUCGCGGAGCUGCUUUUUACGCGUGGUUGGAUGGUUUUCGGUUCCCCCGUCUGCGGCGCUGUACACCACCUGCACCGCUCCUGGCUCAGGCUGCAGCAUCGCUCCACAUUCCUGUGAACCGGACCUCACUCAGUCCGAAAGGUGCAGCAGGAUGCAGGGUGUACUGCCUGUGUGUGGACUGCAGCCCCUGCUGGCCCUCCUUCUGCUUCAGACUGCAGUCUGUGGCGUGACCAGUGCCGACACUGUGGUGAAUAUGCGCAAAGUGACCCAUCUGACCAUAAGCGAGGAGCUAUCCAAAACCGUUCUCCUCCCCUGCCUCUUCACCCUCCGCCAGAGCUCAUCCCAUGAACCGCCCAGGAUCAAGUGGACCAAGGUCUGGGGCCAAAGAGGCUCUGACGGCCUGCAGAAGGAACAGUCCGUCCUGGUGGCCAAGGACAAUGUGGUCAAGGUGAAGAAGUCCUUCCAAGGUCGUGUAACGUUGCCUGGUUACAGCAUCAAUCGCUACAAUGCCAGUCUUGCUCUGACAGGGCUGCGUUCCAGUGACUCUGGUUUGUAUCGCUGUGAGGUCGUGGUGGGCAUCAACGAUGAGCAGGACACAGUUCCCCUGGAGGUCACAGGUGUGGUAUUUCACUACCGGGCCCCUCAUGACCGCUACGCUCUGUCCUUCACCGACGCCAAGAGGGUGUGCGUGGAGAACUCGGCGGUCAUCGCAACACCAGGCCAGCUGCAGGCUACCUUCGCGGACGGUUACGACAACUGUGAUGCUGGCUGGCUGUCAGACCAGACCGUCCGGUAUCCCAUCCAGUCGCCUCGGCCAGGUUGCUAUGGCGACCGUGAGGACUCACCUGGAGUCCGUAACUACGGCAAUAGGGCCCCCGAUGAGCUGUUUGAUGUUUACUGCUUUGCUGAGCAGCUUCAAGGCGAGGUCUUCCACUCCACGGUGCCUGAGAGGCUGAGCCUGGCCACGGCCUCCACCCACUGCCACUCCCUGGGGGCCCAGCUGGCCACUGUUGGGCAGCUGUACCUCGCCUGGCAGGCUGGUGUGGACCAGUGUGACCCCGGCUGGCUGGCGGACGGCAGUGUCCGCUACCCCAUCAACGUCCCACGGAAGAACUGCGGCGGGGACGAGCCCGGGGUGCGGACCGUCUACAAUAACCCCAACCGCACCGGUUUCCCUGACACCACAGCGCUGUUCGACGCCUUCUGCUACCGAGCACGCCAGCCUGCAGGGAUCCAGACUGCAGAGGUUCAGGCUUCACACCAGACCGUCAACGCAGCAGCACAGGCCACCUCCUCAGUCACUGAAGCCCAGCACACUUCCCCUUUCCCCAAGACUUCCACCUGGACCGGCCUGGUCGACCUGGACAAAGCAGGAGUGCGCUCUAUCGCCGGGAUCGACAACUCCUCUGAGAUCUCUGAGGAGCAUGUCGUCAUCCACUUAAGGCCUCAGGUGGGUUGGAAAGACGGACAGGAUGUUAUGAGAAGCAGCCAGGAGAAUGAUCCUCAGAUUAGCAGCAACACCUUGGGCCUUUCUGACCUUGAGAGCGUAGAGAGUCAUGGAGGCUCUGCCCACGAGGAAGAAGACGGCGGCUUUUUGGGAUCUGACAACCCAAGAUUAUCCUCCACAGCCUCUUCAACUCCACAGCCUCAAACCACCAACAGUGUGCUGGCCGAGUUUGUGAACACUCUUAUGAGACCCUUAAGGCACUGGGCUGGAGGUGGGGAGGGUGAGAAGACGGAGAAGGGACUUUCAGUGCCUGAGGAAAACGUAGGAGAGAACCAGACGCAGGGUGAAGCAUCCAGCAGAAACCUCAGUGUGCCCAACGCCGUCAGAAACAAGGGCAACGUGGACAACGCCAUCACAGAGCAGAGGAGCGGGUUCUUUUCCUUCAGGGCUCCUGCCAGUCGACAGUCGAGUACAGCAGAAGGUCUGUCAGAGCAGGAGAGAGAGGUGAUGCCAUUGUUUCGCUUAGUGCCUGCAGUCAAAAAGACAGGGCAUAUCCAGACCAGCACCCAGGCAGGAGAACGAGUCUCCAGCACGUCUGCAGAUGCCCCUCUGUCCACUGCUCAUGAAUUCACUGCACCAAGACCCAAUGAGGGAUCACCUCCCAGUGGACAUGUCAACAUAUCCGUCCCUCAGGGACCCAGAGGAGUUCCAGCUUUUGCUCCAGACCCCAGCAGGCACUUUCAGUGGGUCAUUGAGUCCAUGCGUGUCUCUAAAGCAGGACCCCAUGGAAAUGUGGCCUACGUGGGUAAACAUCCAACCUGGGGGCCCAUGGAAGCCAAAGCAGGGCCCCUUGAGGUUAUGACCCUUCCCACCUCCCUUCGACAGGACAACCAAGAAAAUUAUUCAGGCGAGGGGAGGGAUAAGGACGUAGAAGAGGCGACACCUCCAUCAGCUGGUCGAACAGUGUCAGAGGAGGAGAGGGAGAUGGAGGGGAGCGGAGAAGGAAGCAGGUUUCCUGGUGGGUUUGGAGUAAAAGUCAACAAUAUGAGCAGCGGUGGUGUCCAACCGAGCCUUGAAACAGAGUCCUCGCUCAGCCAGAGUGAGCUUGUGACUGUGUCUGAGCUCACCACCCUGUCCCAGUGGCAGCUAGUGGAUCAGCCCGCCACCUCACCUCAUUCUCAGAAGACAGACACAGCAGAGGAGGCCAUAGGGGGGGUGUUCUACGUCCGCCGGCCCACUGAAAACCUCUCCUCAGCCUCCUCACACAGAGGGAAAGAUACGUCAAACUCAGGAUUUACUCCUGUUUUUAGGAAGAAUAGCAAAGACACAAGCAGAGAGGAGUUGGAGACUUCCACAGCCGAGGCCUUGAUGGAGGUGCUGACAACCUCUGCGGUGACCACACCGGAGCUUCUGAUGACCAGACACACUCAAAGGACAGAUCCUACAACAACAGACAAUCCCUCUCACAGCUCCCCAACAGAGGAGCCAUCUAUUUCCAUUUCAUGGGUUCAGGAGGACAAAACAAGUACACCCAACAUUCAGGAAGAUCGAGCCACUCCAGCACCUAGUGUGGGACCUCAAACGACUACGGGAGUCCUUCAGUUGACUACUCUUGCAUCCGACUCCAAAGUUGGCGCCACAGAAAUGGAAUCCAGGUCUGCAGUGUCUGACUCUUUCAUCGUGGGCAGUCGGUGGACACCUUUCAAAGGAGUGGGCCAAAAAUCCGAGGAACACAAGGCCAAGGAGACGACGGACAACAAAGACAGAAGCAACCCUUUCGGCAUUCUCAUACCCAACUGGGCCUUUGGUCUCAUCCCUUCAGUGGAGAAUAACCCGUGCCAGACCAACCCCUGUCUCCAUGGAGGGAGCUGCCUGCAGGAAGGUGACGGCUAUAGCUGCUACUGCCCUCAGGGCUUCUCUGGGGAGAGCUGCGAGAUCGACAUUGACGACUGCCAGUCUAAUCCAUGCCAGAAUGGAGGAACCUGCAUCGAUGAGAUCAACUCCUUUGUGUGUCUUUGUCUGCCCAGCUACGGAGGAGCUACUUGUGAGAAAGACACAGAGGGCUGCGAGCACACGUGGAGGAAGUUCCACGGCCACUGCUACAGGUACUUCAGCCGCAGACACACCUGGGAGGAUGCCGAGAAGGACUGCAGGGAGCACAGCGGUCACCUGGCCAGCAUCCACAGCCUGGCCGAGCAGAACUUCAUCAGAGGUCUGAGCCACGACAACACCUGGAUCGGUUUAAAUGAUCGAACAGUGGAGGACGACUUUCAGUGGACCGACAAGAUGGACCUGCAAUAUGAGAACUGGCGUGAAAACCAGCCAGACAACUUCUUCGCUGGAGGAGAGGACUGCGUGGUUAUGAUAUCUCAUGAGAAUGGCAAAUGGAACGACGUGCCCUGCAACUACAAUCUGCCCUACGUCUGCAAGAAGGGAACAGUGCUUUGUGGAGCCCCGCCCCCUGUGGAUAACGCCUUCCUGAUUGGUCGGAAGCGUUCCCACUACGACAUCCACUCCGUUGUGCGCUACCAGUGCGGCGACGGCUUCCUGCAACGCCACGUGCCCACUGCUAAGUGCCGCGCCAAUGGCAAAUGGGACCGACCCAAAAUCAUCUGCAUAAAAUCCCGGCGAGCCCACCGCUACCGGCGCCACCACCACAAGGGCAGGAGGGAGCGCAGGAAGCACAAGAGGCACGGCCACAGAGAGGGGGGCCACCACGGAGGGGAGGCGGGCCAGGGCCACAACCACGUCCACUUCUGAACCAAAACAUCCCCUUUUUCUCCUGUGCUGCCGACUUCAGUUUGCCUGACUCCCUCUUGUCCACAUUUCACAACCUUACAGCCCAAAACUCUCUACCCAAGCCCUCCCCCAAACCCACCCUUCCUCCCUGCACUGCCCUGCCCUUAGCUCCGAGUCAGCCUGUGUCAUUGUCGAGUCUGAGGCCUGACAAAGCGCUGCCAGGUUUUACCAGGACUGAAAAACAACUCCCUUUAUACUCUUUUUACUUUCUUUUCCCUCUUUUACUUUCCUGUCUUAAGCUGUCUGUCUCUUGACCCAGUUUCUCUCCCUUUCAAGCUCAACAAUGACCUGAAACAUGGGGCUACGCUGACCUGUUUUUUGAAAAAAAAAAAAAAGAAAUACCUUUGAGAUCCACAGCGAACAAUCUUCAGAGAGAAGUGGUUUAGUACAACCUGUAAAUAGGGACAUCGCUGAAAAUGCCAUAUCAAAAUCAGACGAGUCAAGGAAGUUUGAGCCUCAUGUUGUUGACUUGAGCAUUUUGUCUGUUGAACACAUUUUUCUUUUUUACUGACUGUGUUUCAUUUCUUGACUCUGCUGCUUUUGGUUUGCUCUUUGUAAGACAAUGUAUUUGACUUUAAACGACAUGGAGUUCUCCUGCAACAUAUUUGAUUGAUUUUCUUUGAAUCAGAGGAGCAGCUGUAAUUGUUUAAUUUGAUUGUUAGCGUUGUAUCUUAUUGUCGGUGUGAGACAGUUACUUUAGAUCAGAUGAUAAACCCCCAUAGGAGAAUGGAAAAUGCAUUAUAACUCAAUUCAGUUUCGCACAUUACACAUCAGUCACUGUUCAGAUGUGUCGAACGAUCUCAAACGUCUCUUGUUGUGUCAGACGUCCUCAGCUGUUGUCGUCGAGGGUUAAUCUGAGCGAUUGAUGUCAGUUUGUCUGAGCUUAGCUCAGUUUUCCCAUAUUUACUUUGUCUUUCCUCAUCGUUUGUGCUGCUGAAGGAACAUGUGCUGUGAAUUAAUCAAGCUGAUGCAGCAGGAUCAAGUUCAUCUCAUUCAUCUCUCUUUCUUUUAUGUUGGAGUUUAACUUGUUUGGUCUGAUGAGAAGAAUUUAUGCUGUCAGCUGUGUUUAGUACAAAGAGAGCCUUCUCAUAUGUCACAGGCGGCACAAGAUAUGACAAGUCCGAUAAGAGUCGGUUUAGGCUGCGUCCUAAUUUAGGGCCAUGUAGACUGCAAAGGCCGAACCAAAUGUUCGGUCUACGGAGGAUUUCCCUGAUUUGUGUCAGCAGCUUGUCCCAGCCUUUGCCCCUUGAUUUUUUAACAAGAGUUGAAGCCCGACACAUACUUUUAAACAUGUGAGCAUUGGAUGUUUUUGUCUAGUUGCUUGCCGCCACCAUUAUCUCUUUAAAAAAACAGUUCGUCACCAAAGCGCAAUGAAUCCGGGGAUAUGUUGGCUCGAGAAGGAAUCACCUACUGGAGCCUUCAUUGCUCGGUGACUCUUUUGUUGGCCUCAUAUGAGGGAGGCUUCUAAACGGAAGAGUCUAGUCAAGGGAUAAAUGUUUAUUUUAUGUUUAUCCCAACUAAAACUUAUCAUUACAUUCUGUCAGGUUGAGAAAUGUCUUGCAUUUUUUAACACUUAAACCAUCAUAAAUUGUUUUAUUUACAUAUAUUCACAUAUUUACAUAUAACGUUCAUCUUAUAAAGUUGUAAACUAUUGACUAUUUACACAUUCAGCAGAUAUGGAACACCAUUACAAUACUAACCUUGUGGAAUAUUUGCAGUCUUUUAGCUCAGUUUUGGUCUCCUCCAACCUCUGAGGUAAAAGCAGCUAAAUAAAAUGUCACUGUGUUCAUUAGGUUAUCACUUACUUUGUCUUUCUCGAAGAUAGCGUUUAGUAAAAAUGUUUUAAAUCAGUUUGCUGCAGCUGCAAAUAACACUGAGAGCAGUGAGAGAGAAUCAAAAUGGGUGAUAAAUAAAACAAUUUAUUGAAGCAGCAUUAAAUAUUAGAUUAAACUAACUUAAGAUAACAGUUUUUACAGUACUCUGUGUUUGUGUGUGUGUGUACUUGUACUUAUGAGGACCAUUUUAAGAAUAGACCUUACAAAUUGAGGGCAUUUUGGAAAAGACUGCUCUUAAGGUUAAGCCCAAUUCAUGCUUCUGCGUCGACCGGCGUCGUAGCUCCGGUGAAGCCUAAGCGUAGACGUGUUCCCUACAGGGAACUCUACACAGUACCCUGAAGGGCACCUCCCCAAAAACUACACGUCGAGGCGAUGCAGAUGCAAGAGCUGUGAUUGGUCCGCUUGGUAGCAUCGUAUUUCCAGCAGAGAGUAUUUUCGGAAUCUCCUGCUUUGCCUCAAUCGGUUUAAAUGUCGUACAGACCAUCUCCUCCAAUGUCUUUCUACACACCUACGCACAGUGUCCUCACUAAGAUAGAAGUACAAGAAUGUAUGUGUGUGUGUGUUUGUGUUUAUGAUUGAAGAUGUUGACAGUGGCUCCUCAGUGGAUGAUGAUAGAGAGCGGCAGCGGAGAUUAAGACUUCCCCAUUUCUGGGGCAGACGGAGUCUCGGCGCUCUCACACCUGUGCUUGUUCCUGCUGCGUGUCCUGCUUUAAAGAGCAGAUCGAGACGACUACUACAGGCGCUCUGCUCUCUUUUCCCCUCCACUUUACUGCCGGGUUAAAUUGCUGUUUUCUUAAACCCAGCACUUAACGUGGGAGCUCCUGGGAUUAUAUCCCAAACACUGACUCCGACACUUUUUAUCCUUUAUGAUUCUCCAUCUCGUUCUGCUUUUUCCCCCUUCAACACCUCUUUUUAUUUAUCUCCCUCACUAAAUUUUCUUUUCACUGUCUUUUUACAACUGAAAAAUAGUGGAAGAUAAGCACAGUUAAAUUUAAUUUAACCUGCUCUUUUAUUACGAAGAGAAUACACGCAGUGUUUUCAGCAGUCUGUCAAACAAACUAUAAAAAUAACACUAAAGCAGAAUUGAGUAUUAUAAAGCCACAUGAGGUAAAAGAAAAAAAAAAUCAAUCAUGUGCACAUUAAUUCUCCUCCUUUGUUUGUCUCCUCUCACCUUGACAAUGACACCAGUCUUCUGCAUGGAGGGGGACCGUGAUCCUUACACCUCUGUAUCAGUUUAAUUAAUCUACCACAUCACUAAUUAACAAGCUGCAUUAUCUGCAGAACCACAGAGCAGCGAUGACGGGGGAAGGGUUAGGGUGACGGACAGGGGGUCCAGAGAACUGUCGCAGCCGUCAAACCACCGUCGUCUCAUAGAUGUCAGACUGCCGGGGGCCUCUUCUUUUUGGGGAAGAUGGAUUGACCACGCGGGAAUGACAGACAGGAGGAAUUCAAAUCUGAGCCGAUGCCCUGAGACAGUGCAAUUAGAGAUUCAUUAAAGCUCAGCACAAACUUUCUGAAAAAAUGAUGUGAUGUAGAUAGGGAAGUAAAAUCAGGCUGGAAAACAGUAGCGGAGACAAAUUGGGACAAAAUUAAAUGGAAGAAUAGAAGACAAUUUAUUGAACUGUUGAUGGAUCUUCUUCCAUGUCUUUGUCUUGCCUCUACAGAGAUUAUUAGGUCUUGAACAAAAAUACCACACAUUUAUGCAAAUCCUCAACUGUCACUCAAAUUGAUUAUACUGAUUAUUGUGUUUUUUUUGUAAAGUUUGACCUGACAUCUUCCACCAAACCGUCAAAAUAAAACUGUUUGCUGUGGUGAUGCUGCCUCCUGGGCUGUGUGGUAUUUUCUGUCAGUCAGAGCUUUUUUGCUUUGUGCUUUGUGACGGCGUGAGGCUUUCUCAAAGCAGCUCCCUCACAAUAACACUUUAAGUAUCGAAUGCACAAAAACACAUUUUUGCAUCUUUAGAUUUCAAAAUGGCUGUCCCUCUUUCCUUUUAACUCCUCCUUUUAUCAUCUCCUCUGUUCCCGCACCCUCUCGCUUCCCCUCAUCUCAAGUUGAAGCCCAGAAAAAGCAGACAGACAGCAACGAAGCCUCGUGAUUGUGAGUCUUAAUUUCUCUCAAUUAAUCUCACGCUGUGUCCCGGCCCAGCAGCGAGUCUCACACCUGAGGCGAGAGCUGCAGGCAGAGCAUCGGACGCCGUCACCGUGCCGCAGGUCUCUCCUCAGGCUUAGCAACAGAUCCUAAUCGUGACCCCGUCGUUCCCCUCACAGCUGAGGUCGUCUGAGUUCAGCCGAGAUGAGAUUGAAAAGGGAGUGAGUUUGCGGUGUCACUCUCGUCUAAACAGCUGAGGCAGGAACACAAGAUUGUUACACAAAACAUCUUUUGUGGAAGAAUGUGUGUUUUUGUUGAAUCAGUGUGACAGAAGUGUGUGAACAAGUCAGAGGAUAUUGACUGUGUGUGUGUGUGUGUUUGUGUCCCAGCAGGUGGGAGCAGCAGCAUUCUUAGUAUUCUUACACAAAUAAAAAGCACAACACAACCACAAUAUACAAAAAAUGUUUUAUAUAUGGGAGAGAAACACAGUAAUGGGAAUAUGGAACACUCACAUUUCUUCAAGCAUUACAUUAAAUAAAGUAAAACAUAAGAAGCCAAUCAGACCUCCUUAAAGCAUUUACCUGCAUGAUAUACAAAUUCAAUAUUUUGUGUCUUUAUGAUACCUAAAGGCCAGAUUCUCUAUGGUCUAUGGACAAUAUCAAAAACAUGGAAACGAAUAAGCCGCAUUGUUCUUGUUCCUCUGUAGAGUGAGGUCACUUUGCCCUAUAGAAUAAUUAAAGCUACUUAACAUUUUGAAGGUUAUGUUUGAGCAGAUAAAUCCAUCCAGUACACUUUUCAUCAUGAGUAUCACUCUCAUUAGAGCCCAUUGUUAUGUUGAGAAAUCCAAAGCUUGACCGACCUACUGGGCUUGGUGAACGGUUGUUAAGAUCUGAUUGGAGGGAGUUAGAUUCUGACCCUGUGUUUAAGUCCAUUCACAAACUAAGUGUGACAGAAAACUAAGAAUCUCUUGUUUCCUACAUGAGCUGUAACGACUUUCCUUUUCUGUAAACCUCAGGCACGUGAACGCAGAACUCGUCGGGCAAUGACAACCUCGUGGAAGUGGUAGAGGCUGUUGUCCUCAGCCGCACACAGACAGACUAUUGAUUUCAUGAUUAGCCCGUCUGUCUUUGAUUCCUAUUUAGUCUGUCGAUGGCAUUGACGGCACAAUUGCGUCGAUUGACCGCUGGAUAUUUUCUAAACGACAGGAAAACAGACCGUCCUUGUUUACUCCGCUCCUCUGUGUCAUUUGACAGGUUCUACUCAACUAUUGUUUAUCAUCAUCAUCUCAUAUUCUUGUUCUUAUCUUCAGCUCAUCAGACCUUUCAACACUCUCUCUCUCCUUCUUCGCCUCUUGUGCUUUACUGCAUCGCCCCUUAACUUCUUAUGUACAGUUGCACCCCUGCUGGUAUUUGUGUGACACUGCGUCUCUGUCUGAUGCCGAGUCGAGGCGAUUCAUCCCUGUCAAGAGAAUGGCUGUGUUGUGUUGGGAUGGAUGGACGGAUGAAUGGACACGUAUUACAGUGAGCGACUGAGUAAUGAAAGAGACAAACAGCAGAAAUCAAUAACAAACACUCCGUCUCUCCUCUGUGAUGUAAAUACUCUGAAGCUUCUCCUUUUGAUUUGUUUUAAAUCCAUUUAAACUCUGAGGUGUGUUUGUUGCUUAGCCUCCCUGGACCACGUUCAUACAGCCAGUGAAGAUCCGAAACCUGUCAUCUCCCUCUUUCUGUUCCUCCCUCACACACACACACACACACACACACACUGCUGUUUUAAACUGCUGCAUCAGAGCAACAGACGCGCUGGACUACACACGGUGCAGGAGAGCCAGAAGCAAGGUGACAGUUCACCGCACAGACCAACAUUUCUCCUUUGGCUCUGGUCCCUGCACAACACUUCAGAAUGUGGCUGCUGUAGCUGUGUGUUAACUGUGAGCACAGACACAAUAUAUCUGCAACUGAGCCCGUCUGCUGCCGUGUGAAUGUGGUCCACAAGUAUUUUUCCAUAUUUAUUGAUGUAUGUUCUUAUGAAUUCCAGUCCUGUCAUUGUAUUAUAUUCUUUACAAGACAAGCGAUCAUUAAAGGAACCUCUUGUUUGGAUCUGUUA